ACCGUGCACUCAUCAUAUAUACUUCAAUUCUCUUCCAUUUCCUUCAUCUCUUUUCCUUCUCAGAUCAGAUACAAAAGUAGCAUUCACUUUCUUAUUACAGUGUCAUCAUUAUUGCAUGCAGGAUCAAAAAAGCUUGAAUCAGCAAAGAAGGAGAUGGAAGAGGCCAGAGAAGAAAACAAGAUGUUGAAGUUCUUGGACAUUUUUCAGCAAGAAAAACCUGAAGAUGCUGCAAAUGCUAGAGGCGUAACUAGCCAUGAGGAAAGUGAAGAGAGUGAACUUGUGUCACUUUCUCUUGGGAUAUCACUCAAUAGAAAGACUAAGGGUGAGAGAAAACAUUGCAGAAGAGAAGAUGAGGGUAUGGAUAAAGGACUCACACUUGGGUUAGAUAUCAAUUUGGAUCCUGUGAAUUUUGCUGAAGCUGCAAUUUGCAGCACUGCAAGUAGCUUUGGUGAGGGAGGGAAGGAAGAGGAACCAAGUGAGAUGUGGCCACCCAGUAAAGUUUUGAAGGGAAUGAAAAAUUUGGAUAAAAGUGAAGCUUCUCAAAAUGAUCAGCCCAAGAAAACUAGGGUUUCCAUCAGAGCCAGAUGUGAUACUCAAACGAUGAAUGAUGGGUGUCAAUGGAGAAAAUAUGGACAGAAAAUGGCAAAAGGAAAUCCAUGUCCCCGAGCUUACUAUCGAUGCACCAUUUCUCCAUUGUGUCCUGUAAGAAAACAGGUGCAAAGAUGUGCUGAAGACAUGUCCAUAUUGAUCACAACCUAUGAAGGAAUCCACAAUCAUCCACUUCCUAUAUCAGCCACUGCAAUGGCCUGCACAACUUCUGCUGCAGCUUCUAUGCUCCAAUCUCCUUCAUUGAGUUCACAGCAUGGACAUGGAAUAGUGAAUUCAGCUAUAUCCUCCAUUACCAACUUCACUGCUCCUAAUUACAACCUUGAUAAUGCUCUAAACUUCUCCACAUACCAAGUUUCAAGACCACAUCAAUUCUACUUUCCAAACUCAUCUAUUUCAAGCUUGAAUUCUCACCCCACAAUCACUUUGGACCUUACAGCACCCCCAACAUCCUCAAACUCAACCUUCACUCACAUGCCAAAAUACUCAUCAACAACAACAAACCUUAAUUUUUCCUCAGGUUUCUCUCCUCUACAAUCUAGCAUGCCUUCAUCACCUUGGAGCAGUUACAGUGGUCACUUCAACUCAGGAACACCGACUCAUAACAGAAACCAUGGUGAUUACUUGUUAAACACUGGAACUCAAAAUCAGCCAUAUCUUGAGCAACUUCAUCACCCUAUUUGCACGAGCAACAACAACUUGUCUUUGCCGGAUUCCAUUAUUGCUGCAACCAAGGCAAUCACAAGCAAUCCAAAAUUUCAAUCAGUGUUGGCAACUGCUCUCACAACAUAUGUUGGCAAUGAAGCCGGUGGUGUUAGGUUAAGAGAAAACCAUGUUCUUGAGAAUUCAGAACUGAACUUAAAGCUAUGUAGUGAAAAUAGCAUGGGAUGUGCAUCAUCCAGGUACUUCAAUGUGUCUUCUUCUGCUCUUAACCCUCAACAAGGAAACUCAAGUAUAUUUCCACUACCAUUACCUGGGCAAUGGAAGUAAAACAGCAUAAUUAAUGCAAUGUUCCAAGAUUCAUCAGACCUCACUAUGUGUCCGUUUGUAUUAGAUUUUGGUAGAAUUGAUGUUCGUUUUGUGUCGUUGUUGAAUAAAAUUAAGAUGUAUACUAAAAGUAUGUUUAGUUACAGAUUUUAUAUUAAAAUAUGUAUCUCGGUGAUUUUUG